UUUCACCACCCUCAUGCUCCCCAGAAAGACCAUUCAAAACACAUCAACCUACUUUGUAAUCUAUCAUCCAAAUCCAAAGAACCAAAAAAAAACAUCAUGGGUCUUGGCAUCAACGGCUACACUUCACCGGCGGCGAGGAAGAUCGCCGGAGGCUAUGACCUUCCUGAGGGGGUUGACAUUCGGGGCCGAAACGACGAAGAAUUCGCCAAGAUUCUAACCAAGGAUGCUUUGCUGUUUGUUGCUGAAUUACAGAGGGAGUUCAGGAACCAUAUCAAGUAUGCAAUGGAGUGCAGGAAAGAGGCUAAGAUGAGGUAUAACAGAGGGGGCUUGCCGGGGUUUGAUCCCGCAACGAGGUACGUGAGGGAGGGGGAGUGGACUUGCGCGGCGGUCCCACCAGCGGUGGCUGACCGGAGGGUGGAGAUUACAGGCCCGGUGGAACGGAAGAUGAUCAUCAAUGCGUUGAACUCUGGAGCUAAAGUUUUCAUGGCUGACUUUGAAGAUGCACUUUCACCAAGUUGGGAGAACCUUAUGAGAGGUCAAGUAAACCUAAAGGAUGCUGUAGAUGGGACCAUAAGCUUCCAUGACCAGGCCAGAAACAGGGUCUACAAGCUCAAUGAUCAGACUGCAAAGCUUUUUGUCCGCCCGAGGGGUUGGCAUUUGCCUGAGGCUCAUAUAUUCAUCGACGGUGAGCCGGCAACUGGUUGUCUUGUGGACUUUGGCCUCUAUUUCUACCACAACUAUGCAGCUUUCAGACGGACUCAGGGUGGAGGUUUCGGACCUUUCUUCUAUCUCCCUAAGAUGGAACACUCAAGGGAAGCAAGAAUAUGGAACAAUGUCUUUGAGAAGGCAGAGAGAAUGGCUGGAAUAGAGAGGGGGAGCAUCAGAGCCACUGUUCUGAUCGAAACACUUCCAGCCGUCUUCCAGAUGGAUGAAAUCCUAUAUGAGCUAAGGGAUCACUCUGUUGGUUUGAACUGUGGUAGAUGGGACUACAUAUUCAGCUACGUCAAGACUUUCCAGGCUCACCCUGACCGCCUUCUACCGGACAGAGUUCAAGUUGGCAUGUCUCAACACUUCAUGAGGAGGUACUCUGAUCUCCUCAUCAGGACUUGCCACAGGCGUGGUGUUCACGCCAUGGGAGGCAUGGCAGCUCAAAUCCCAAUUAGAGAUGAUCCAGGAGCAAACGAGGCGGCAAUGGAACUGGUGAAAAAGGAUAAGCUGAGAGAGGUAAGGGCAGGGCACGACGGAACUUGGUCAGCCCACCCCGGGCUAAUUCCACCCAUCAUGGAAGUCUUCAACAACAACAUGGGCAACUCUGCCCACCAAAUCCACACAAUGAAACGAGAAGAUGCAUCAACCAUAACUGAAGAAGACCUCUUACAGAUACCUAGGGGGGUCCGAACCAUGGAAGGACUCCGGCUCAACACCCGAGUUGGGAUCCAGUACUUGGCAGCGUGGCUCACCGGUACCGGGUCGGUCCCACUUUACAACCUCAUGGAGGACGCAGCUACUGCUGAGAUUAGCAGAGUUCAGAACUGGCAGUGGUUGAAAUACGGAGUUGAGCUAGAUGGAGACGGGUUUGGAGUGAAGGUGAACUUGGAUCUAUUUGGGAGAGUUGUUGAAGAAGAGAUGGCUAGGAUUGAAAAGGAAGUCGGGAAAGAGAAGUUCAAGAAAGGUAUGUACAAGGAGGCUAGUAAGAUCUUCACUCGGCAAUGCACAACACCGACGCUGGAUGAUUUUCUGACCCUAGAUGCCUACAACCAUAUCGUCAUUCACCGUCCCAGGGGAUCAUCCAGGCUCUAAA